AAAACUGAUUGGGAGGUAGCUAUUAAAAGUAUUAAUAAAAAGAACUUGUCAAAAUCACAAAUACUACUUGGGAAGGAAAUUAAAAUCUUAAAGGAACUUCAACAUGAAAAUAUUGUAGCUCUCUAUGAUGUUCAGGAAUUACCCAACUCUGUCUUCCUGGUGAUGGAGCUAAAGGAACUCUCAGUGAAGAUACCAUUAGAGUGUUUCUGCAUCAGAUUGCAGCUGCUAUGAGAAUUCUGCACAGCAAGGGAAUAAUCCACAGGGAUCUCAAGCCACAGAACAUCUUGCUGUCCUACGCCAAUCGCAGAAAGUCCAGCGUUAGUGGUGUUCGCAUCAAAAUAGCGGAUUUUGGUUUUGCUCGUUAUCUACACAGUAACAUGAUGGCUGCGACCCUGUGUGGGUCCCCAAUGUACAUGGCUCCUGAGGUUAUCAUGUCUCAACAUUAUGAUGCUAAGGCAGAUUUGUGGAGCAUAGGAACAGUAAUAUAUCAGUGCCUAGUUGGAAAACCACCUUUUCAGGCCAAUAGUCCUCAAGACUUAAGGAUGUUUUAUGAAAAAAACAGAAGCUUAAUGCCUAGCAUCCCCAGAGAAACAUCACCUUAUUUGGCUAAUCUCCUUUUGGGUUUGCUUCAGAGAAACCAAAAAGAUAGAAUGGACUUUGAAACAUUUUUUAGCCAUCCUUUUCUUGAGCAAGUUCCAGUAAAAAAAUCCUGCCCAGUGCCAGUGCCUGUGUACACCGGCUUUGUCCCUGCAAGUGCCUGUGGCAGCUCUCCCUCCUGUCGUUUUGCCUCUCCACCAUCCCUUGCAGAUAUGCAGCAUAUUCAGGAAGAAAACUUAUCCUCCCCACCAUUGGGUCCUCCCAACUACCUACAAGUGUCCAAAGACUCUGCCAGUACUAGUAGCAAGAACUCCUCUUGCGACACGGAUGACUUUGUUUUGGUUCCACACAUCUCGUCAGACCACUCAUAUGAUAUGCCAAUAGGAACUGCUGGCAGACGAGCUUCAAAUGAGUUCUUGGUGUGUGGAGGGCAGUGUCCGCCUACUGUGUCACCUCACAGUGAAACAGCACCAAUUCCAGUUCCUACUCAGAUAAAGAAUUAUCAGCGUAUAGAGCAGAAUCUUACGUCUACUGCCUGCUCUGGCACAAAUCCACAUGGUUCUCCCAGAUCUGCAAUGGUACGGAGGUCUAACACCAGCCCACUGGGCUUUCUCCGUGUGGGAUCCUGCUCCCCAGCGCCAGCAGACACAGUGCAAACAGUUGGACGAAGACUCUCUACUGGGUCUUCCAGGCCUUAUUCACCUUCCCCUUUGGUUGGUACCAUUCCUGAGCACUUCAGCCAGUGCUGCUGUGGCUAUCCUCAGGGCCAUGAAUCCAGGAGCCGAAACUCAUCAGGUUCUUCAGGGCUGCAGGCGCAGUCACCGCAGUCCUUCCUACUGGGGGCCAGGCUGCCAAGCGCUCCUAUCCUCACUGACACCCACCAGAACAAGCAGAAGCUGAGGAAGCAGCACUCAGACCCUGUGUGCCCAGCCCACAUGGGGGCCGCACACAGUGGCUCACCUCAGCCUGGCCGGCCUGGCAGCCUUGGGACUUCUCCCACCAAACACACUGGGUCCUCUCCACGGGGGUCCGACUGGUUCUUUAAAACCCCUUUACCAACAAUCAUUGGCUCUCCUACUAAGACCAUAGCUCCUUUCAAAAUCCCUAAAACACAAGCAUCUUCCAACCUGCUAGCCCUGGCUCCUCGUCACGGGCCUCCUGAAGGACAGUCUAAAAAUGGGAGUGACCCACGAGAAUGCUCUCAUUGUCUCUUAGCACAAGGAAGUGAGAGGCAGAAGGCUGAGCAGCAGAGCAAGGCUGUGUUUGGCAGAUCUGUCAGUACUGGGAAAUUAUCUGAUCAACAAGUAAAGACACCUCUAGGUGGAUAUCAGGGCAGCACAGACAGUUUAAAUGCAGAACGACCAAUGGAUACAGCCCCUGCAGGAGCCUAUGGUGUGGUCGUGGCACCUCCAGUGGGAACAGCACCAAGUUCUAGGGCUGUCCUGUUCACAGUUGGGUCUCCUCCACACAGUGCCACAGCCCUGCCCUGUGCCCAUGUGGUGCUCCGAGCAAGAACAACCUCAGUGGGCUCCAGCAGCUCUGGAGGCUCCUUGUGUUCCGCAAGUGGCCGAGUGUGUGUGGGCUCCCCGCCUGGGCCGUGCUGGGGCUCUUCGCCUCCAGGAGCAGAGGCAGCUCCGAGCCUGAGAUACAUGCCUUAUGGUGCUUCACCCCCCAGCCUAGAGGGGCUCGUCACCUUUGAAGCCCCUGAACUGCCAGAGGAAACGCUGAUGGAGCGAGAACACACAGACGCCUUACGCCACCUGAAUGUGAUGCUGAUGUUCACUGAGUGUGUGCUGGACCUGACUGCUGUGAGGGGGGGGGACCCAGAGCUCUACACGUCAGCCGUCUCCUUGUACCAGAUUCAGGAGAGUGUGGUGGUGGACCAGAUCAGCCAAUUGAGUAAAGACUGGGGGCGGGUGGAGCAGCUGGUGUUAUACAUGAAAGCUGCGCAGCUGCUAGCAGCAUCGCUGCAUCUUGCUAAAGCCCAGAUCAAGUCCGGGAAACUGAGCCCAUCCACGGCAGUGAAAGAAGUUGUGAAAAAUCUUAAUGAACGAUACAAGUUCUGCAUCACUAUGUGCAAGAAACUUACAGAAAAGCUGAAUCGCUUCUUCUCUGACAAGCAGAGAUUUAUUGAUGAAAUCAACAGCGUAACUGCAGAGAAACUCAUCUAUAAUUGUGCUGUAGAAAUGGUUCAGUCUGCAGCUCUGGACGAGAUGUUCCAGCAGACUGAAGACAUUGUCCAUCGCUAUCAGAAGGCAGCCUUGCUUUUGGAAGGCCUAGCUAAGAUUCUCCAGGACCCUGUGGAUAUUGAAAACAUACACAAAUAUAAAUCUAGUAUUGAAAGAAGAUUGUCGGCACUCUGCUAUAGUUCUUCCACAAUGUGAGCGGCGGCAGGCCUGUCCCGUGGCCCCUUGGUGUGGGGUAUAAGGUGACGUGUUAGGGGUACAGCUUGGGUUCUGUUGCCCCAUCCCCAGGAAACUAGUUUCUUACCUGGUGACAACCAAAGAACAAGCAGUGAUCUCAAAACAAAAACAAUCCAAAAACUACACAUGUGUAGGAAAUCUGCCUUAUUGGAGACGCCACCCCUUUCCUUUUCCAUCAUAGAAGCAGAAGCAAGAGUAUUCCACUUGGCUGGCUCUCAGCUUGAACUUGGUAAAUAAAUGUACCUUAGAACUAGAGUUAUCAGUACAUUUAUUCUUAAGGAAAAUUAAGAAUGAAACAAGUGAGUAGCUCUCACUCAGUUCACCAGAGCAAUGUGUGAAAUUCCACAUGUUUACUGAGGUAUAAAAAAAAAAAAAAAACUCCAUCUCAUCUGGGCAGUUUGAUACUUGGGGUAAGUUUGAAUCUGACCGUGCAUCCUUAAACAGCUCAGGAAGACGGAACCUGAGGAGACACGAAAGAUGGGUCUUAGAAGGACUUGUGAAAUGUUCCAUUUGACCUGAUAUGGACACUUAUUAAUCUUCCAGAUCUUUCAUAUAUUGCACUAAUUUAUUAAAACAACUCUGUAUUGGACUUUGCAAUUUAAAACUAACUGAGGCACAAUGGACUUGUUUUGAAAAUAUUUUACUUGAUUAUAUACACACACUGUUUCCAGAAUUCACAUGUAAUCUCUGGUGGGCUUUUCAAUGGUAAAAAUUUGUGUUCAUGUGAAUCUUUGCAUUUUUUAACCUAUUCAUCUAUCUAUACCCACAGAUUUCCUCAGUGAUAUUUUUGAGUUGCCGGUUAUUUGCUUUUGGUUGCGUUUGUGUGUGUGCAUGCAGGAUGCGCAUUGAUGCCUGUGACUUCUGGGUUUAUUAAAGGCUAGGUUUGGUUUAUUUAAGCAGUAUUAGAAAAAAUGUCAAUCAAGGGAUACCCUCAAGAAUUCUAAUAGGACCAAAUCAAAGUUGGUGAUUUAAAGGUUUAGUAAUGAUGCAGAGUUUGUACAUGAAAUUAGUGAAAAGUGAGAUUUGUUUUCUCUUAGGAAAAUGGGCAGCUUUCUGGCCUAAAACGUAUUUUUCGUGUUAAUUCUGAUGGUUCACCAAAUAACUAGUAGUGCAGAAUGUGGACAGUUAGCAUCCCUCCAGAAAUGUUUCCUAGGUUGUGUAUUAUUUGUUUCUUUUAUUUACCUGCUUGAAUACUUGAAUAAACCAUUCUUCAGUUUUAAUCCUUUUAUUUUAAUCCUUUUAGAUAAUAAAUCUGAACUCUGACAAAUUACAUAGGAACUCUUCGGCAUUAAUCUAAUUUUAGUGUGCUGAUAAAAACAAAAACAUGGUUUUUCUUUUCUUUGAUGAUGUAAUGUAAUUUUACCUUAUUUAUCUGUAUAAAAUUCCAGCAGUUAAUUUGAACAUUUAUUUAUAUGAUGUUUGUGUAUUUUUAGGUCUUUAAUACAGUGUUUCUACCUCUCAUUUGUAACUGCAUGCAUUAUUCUUGAAACUAGGUAAAAUUCACCAGAUUGUUGUAUAGUAAAUAGCCUUUUUAUAACUGCCUAUACAGAUGUAAAUUAAGGUAAAAUAAACCUGACAAAGUGUUUCUAGGGUAAAGCUGGGUUCAUAUCACAUGGCUUUUCAAGCCUGGGCCUUCCUCGGUGCAUUUGGAGGCUCUACCCCACCCCAGGGUGUCAGGCUCCAGUGGUUGUUGCAGUGCAGGAACAGUUUGUGUGCAGUGGGGACUCCUGCCCCUCUGCUGGGCUGAGAGGCUGAGAGCACUGUGUUGUGUAACUUGUUAGGUGUGCAGUUAGUUCCCAGGCUGUCUCAGUUCAUCCUCCAGGGCAUGGGUUCAUUCUCGGCCUUCCUCCCCUCUCCAGUUUUUUUGUUUUUGUUUUGUUUGUUUGUUUGUUUGUUUUAAUUAAACACAGAAUGAAAUAGGGUCACAGCCAGCAAGUGAUGGGUCUGCAGUCUGGUAACUGGGGGGAGCUAAGCCAGGCUUUGUGACUUCCAGGUCCAUUCUUCUUCCGCUUGUGUAAGAAAGGUUUUGUGGUAGAUAGUGUUUGUGAAACUGACAUCUCAACAGCAGAGAAGAUCAAACUGCAAAGUCAUGAAUAAUGGUUCUGAUUAUGCUUCCAUUAUCAAGGCUAAUUGUUUAAGAGAUUUUGCCUUGAUUAUAACAAUAAUAAACACUUUGUUU